CACAGCUGGGUGCUGGUAGUGUUGACUGUAUGCGCUAGCUUUAGAUAAAUGCGCUGUAUGUGUAUUGACAGUGUCUGAACGUCGAAUAAAUGCUAUGUAUUCUUCACAUAUAUGUUUGAAUUGUGACAAAGAACGGUAGCUGGUGUCGUGCGAGCUUUUUAUCGACGCCUCCUCGCCGGACAGCAGCGGCAGCAGCUUGACGGUAACGUUAGAAGGCUUUCCCUGCCGAUCAUCCAGCCUGUCGGCCUGACAUGGCGGAGAGCGGCUCGUCGGUUGAAUUCUCCGGCUCUCUGACGAGCUCGACUCUUCCGCCGCCGAGGACCCGUAUUUUCAAAAUCAUCGUGAUCGGGGACUCGGGUGUCGGGAAGACCUGCCUCACCUACCGCUUCUGUGCCGGGAAGUUCCCCGACAAGACCGAGGCCACGAUCGGGGUGGACUUCAGGGAGAGGCUGGUUGAGAUUGACGGCGAGAAAAUCAAGAUCCAGCUGUGGGACACUGCAGGUCAGGAGCGCUUCAGGAAGUCCAUGGUGCAGCACUACUACCGCAACGUGCACGCUGUUGUCUUCGUCUACGACGUUACCAACGCCGCCAGCUUCCGCAGCCUCCCUGCCUGGAUCGAGGAGUGCAAGCAGCACGCGCUGGGCACAGAGGUACCCAGGAUCCUGGUUGGAAACAAGUGCGACCUCCAAGACUCCGUCCAAGUGGGCACGGACGUGGCGCAACAGUUCGCCGACGCCCACUCCAUGCCCGUGUUUGAGACAUCUGCAAAGAACCCGAACAGCCAGGGAGACGGAAACUACGGCGGGGGAAACAGCGACCACGUUGAGGCCAUUUUUAUGACGGUGGCCCACAAGCUGAAGUCUCAGAAGCCUCUGAUAUUGAGCCAGCCGCCUGAGGGUUCAGGGGGUACUAUCGCCCUGGGCAGGGGGAGGGAUGACGGGGGCGACGGGGCCAGGAGCUGGGGCUGCAGCAGCUGCUGAUGGAGAAAAAUGGAGGGAAAGCGGGAGACAACUCCAGCCUGAGUCCGCACAAGGCCGAGGAUACUGAAGAUGGAAGGAGCUGAGGGAGCUGAGGGGUGGAGGUCUAGAAAGAAAGCAUGGUUCAAGCAAAAUGGCUUCAUAAUCAGCACAACACAUAGAUGAAUUCUCCAUUAGAAGAGGAUGCAUUUUUCCCGAUGCUUGUGCGUAACUUUACGAUGGACUUUAAAUGGUUUUGUGGUAGUCUUUACAGUAUGACUGAUGUUUAUGAAUGCCACAUUUGAUUGUUGUUUCAUGAAAAUUAUCCUGAACAAGGGGCCAAAAUCUGAAGUUCAAACUCACAUAUCUUCAUGGUUCCAUGGCGACACAGUGGUAUUAAUGAAUUAGGGAUUUUAGGGAGGCGAAUGGCGUGGACAUUUCUUUCUUUACACAGCAGCUUUGCUGUGACCUGAUGGCAGGGCAGAAUUUCCUGUCUUCUAAUAACCGAACACAUUAUAAUACAAUCUGGGCCACUUCAUCUGUGUUUGUGUUGAGACCUUCGUAGAGGUUUUACUCUGGUCAUUUUUAGGCCAUUAUUCACAGGUGUGUGUGUUAGUUUAUCCUCUUCUUGUGUUCGGAUUCAAACUUCAUCUGUGAUUCUCUACAGGUGGAAUCAAUUUGAUUUUCUUCGUUCAAAAAGCAUUUUCAUAGGCAGUAUUUGAAAAUGUUGAGACCUGCUUUGUUAAUACUCUUUGCUAGCUAGUCGUCACUGCCUUUGCUAACACGCUGCUAAAUUUCUUGUGCGAUAUCACAAACAACUGUCGGUCAGUGGAAUAGUGUUGACAAGAAGGCCCAGUGGUUGAGCAGUGUGCACAUACAAUCAGAGCAUUCAGAUGUAGCCGAUGGCUGAUCAGAAACCCCACAGCUCCAUGGUUACUUUAAAUCCAAAGACUGGAAACCUCAAUUCUUAAAAAGAAAUGUUCAUUAGAUUUUGAGGGAGGUUAUUAUCACAGCUUGUGACUCUUAAGCGAGCCCAUUUCCUGUAUCUGCGUCACGUGGUUGUCACCACUGACCCGCCCCUUUAGGAGAGAGUCCAUUGAUUACAGUGGGAGAAGUGAAUAUGAGCACAGGUUACGGCUGAUUCUUCACCCCACAGUCACCAAAGUAAAUAUCGGAUCCAUCUUUCACCAGCCAGAUAUCUUCCAGACAUUCUGCCACUCAAAUGGCAUCUUUCACUCAGACAGAUCAGGAGAAAAUUAACUCCGUCUCCAUCUCAGCAACGCACUCUCGAGAGAUCUGGAGCGAGAAUAUUCAGCUAGCAGAUGAACACGAGCAGCGAAAUGAGGCACAAACAUUACAUUUGUACUAUAUCUAGUGUUGUUGUUCUGACAUGGACAAGCAAAAGUCCAUCAGUAACACAGUAGUGUUAAAAAUGCCCAGUGAGGAUGGGUGACAGGUGACCACGCCCACUUCGGAGAAAGGAAGUGUACACCACUUUAUGCUGUUGGCGCAGCUUGUAAUGGGUCAUCUUUUAUAGCAUCUGUGACAGCACUUUUGAUUAGCAUGCAGCACCACAGCUAACACAGCACACUGACAGCAUGUGCUGUUGUCAUUUAACAGUCACGGUGGUUACCUAUAAACCACACCGGCCAAACAGGCCUGCAGUACGACUUCUGUUCAUGCACUCAGUGAUCGGGGGAAUGCCUGUUAGCUUGAUGAUAAAGGACACAAAGGGAACCUGUAAGUAACUUGGAAAUGGAAUUUAGAGAGAAAUGUAACUGUAUUUGCCCGUUAUCUCCUCUGUAUAUGAAAGGAUUUAUAACUAACAGUUUAGUGCUGUGUAGGCUAGCCGGUGAAUCAAACAGUGAAAACACAUACCUCUUAAAGCGUGUAAGGCUUUGUAGUGUGCACCUCCACAUGUACAUGGAUGCCUAUACCCACUACUUAUCCUGUAUGUAAGCUUGUGCUACGAUAUUCAGCAUGUCCCGCAAACACCACUGUAUGAUAACGGCUGACACUGUUUACUUCUCCGUAUGUCGCGACGCAUCAUAGACCGGUGUCCACGUCAUGUCAGUUUGCAGCAUCGCGUCUCAGUGGUUUUAGAUGUUUGUUGUGGCUACAGCUGGUCCUGUGGCCCCCCCCUGCUGAUCACCCCUGGUUACGUUGUACAUUAAUGUCUUUUUGAAGGAUGUGACUAUCAAUGAAACCAAAAGGCCUUCUCUCAGGACUCACUGUUCAGAGGCUAUGCACAUGGAUGGGAAUAAAACCAAGCACAGACACUGGCUGUGUUACCUGCAUCUCUGUGGCUUGCCAGCAAGGUGACAACGGUAGAAGACAUGGUGUGGGUGUUUUGUUGUACAUGUGGUUGCUGCUUUCCUCUGUUCUUCAAGUGUCCUUUGUUUUUGAUAGAUGUCCUCCAUCCACCUUCACGCCAGGGCCUACUAUCAUUUCCUUUGCCUUACUGUCCUUCACUACAGCCAUGAACAGCAAAUAAUGCUACUGUAUCUGUCAUUGCAAAUGCUCAGAAAGGGAAAAAAAAAAAUCAAUUACAGAAGGGUAUUAAUUCACAAAGUGACUAAUGAAUGAGACUACUGGGGUGUAGUAGUUGCAAUGGUUUUGUCAUGUGUAACCUUGCAAUAAACUACCUUGAACAUUUCAAAUGUGGACU